AGAGUGAAAGCUGUCUGUCUUCCACAAGGGAUCAGAGAUGUCUAGGUCUUUUUAUGUCGACUCUUUGAUCAUAAAGGACUCUCCAAGACCUGCACCACCUCUGCAUGAUCACCACCACCAUCACCACCAUGGACAGGACUUCUUUUUGCCAAUCAGCAUGCCCUCCCCUACAGUUAUGUCUGUGUCUGCCCCGGUGUGCCCAUCCAGGAAAAGUGGCAGCUUCUGUGUGUGCCCCAUCUGUGUCAGCUCUCACCUGCACUCCUCCAGGAGCAGCAUCCCUUUACUCAAGAGCCAGUUCCAAAGUGGAGAUGCCCAGUACUGCCAAAGGAUGAGCCAGCAGCCCACCCCAGCCAUGGUCCACCCGGCACACCCGCCUGUCUGCAGUCCUUCAUACAACGUGACGGACCCUCGCAGGUUCCACUGCCUGUCACUGGGUAAGACAGAGACGGGCCAGAUCCAGAAUGGGAAGAGGAUGAGGACAGCAUUUACCAGCACCCAACUCCUGGAGCUAGAGAGGGAAUUCUCCUCCAACAUGUACCUGUCCAGACUCCGAAGGAUUGAGAUCGCCACUUACCUGAACCUGUCCGAGAAGCAGGUGAAGAUCUGGUUCCAGAACAGAAGGGUGAAGCACAAGAAAGAGAACAAGGGAGCUCAGAGGAGCACCCAUGGGGGCUGUAAGUGUGCCAGCGGCCAAACACAUUACCCUGGCUCAGAAGAUGAGACUUCCCUAUCCCCGGCAUCUACCACCGAGGACAAGGACAUCUCACCUUUAUAGAA